GUCUCCCUGCUGCCUGUGGUCGUGGGACCCCUAUUUGGGGAAACUGAACCCCGGCUUGUGCCUCCCAGAACAUGGGGGCCCCACGUGUCCCCGAGCGGACUGUGCUCUUCCAGCGCGAGAGGAGUGGCCUGACGUACCGUGUGCCCGCGCUGCUGUCUGUGCCCCCUGUGCCCACCCUACUGGCCUUUGCGGAGCAGCGGCUCAGCCCUGAUGAUGCCCAUGCCCACCGCCUGGUGCAAAGGAGCGGCACGCUGGCCGGGGGUUCCGUGAGGUGGGGCGCCGUGCGCGUGCUGGCGACGGCGGCCUUGGAGGAGCACCGGUCCAUGAACCCCUGCCCCGUGCAUGAUGCCCACACGGCUACCAUCUUCCUCUUCUUCAUCGCGGUGCGGGGCCGCACGCCAGAGGCCACGCAGAUUGCCACCGGCAGGAAUGCCGCUCGCCUUUGCUGCGUGACCAGCCGGGACGCGGGGCGCAGCUGGGGCGCGGCCAGGGACCUCACGGAGGAGGCGGUGGGCGGCGCAGAGCAGGACUGGGCCACAUUUGCCGUCGGCCCUGGCCACGGCAUCCAGCUGCGUUCCGGCCGCCUCCUGGUGCCGGCCUACACUUACCGCGUGGACCGGAGGGAAUGCUUCGGCAGGAUCUGCAGGACCAGCCCCCAUGCCUUCACCUUCUACAGCGACGACCACGGUCGCACCUGGCAUCGUGGAGGCCUUGUGCCCAACCUUCGCUCGGGCGAGUGCCAGCUGGCUGCACUGGAUGGUGGGCAGGCGGGUGGCCUCCUCUACUGCAACGCCCGGAGUCCCCUGGGCAGCCGCGUGCAGGCAUUUAGUACAGAUGAGGGUGCCUCCUUCCUGCCCGGGGAGCUCGUGCCGGCACUGGCUGAGACCUCCUGGGGCUGCCAAGGCAGCAUCCUGGGCUUCCCUGGCCCGCUCCACUCUCUAAGGGUUGAGAGAUGGUCGGCAGGUGCCAGGAACCACCCCCAGUCCCCACGCCUCUGUCCCAGAGUCUGGCAACCCUCAGAGGAGGGUAUUACAGACACCCAAGGGGACCAAGGGCUCAGCGGGAUGGAGGGAUGUAGGUCCAGCCCUCAGGAGCCUGGCCUGGGGGCUGGGCUCAGUGGGACCAGGGGCCCCUGGGCCCCAAGACUCCCUUGGCUCCCUGCUACACUGUCUCAUAGCCCCACCUGGCUCCUGUAUUCCCACCCGGUGGGACGCAGGGCUCGGCUCCACAUGGGAAUCCAUUUGAGCCGGUCCCCCCUGGAUCCCCACAGCUGGACGGAGCCCUGGGUGAUCUACGAGGGCCCCAGUGGCUACUCUGACCUGGCCUCCAUCGGUCCCACCCUCAAGGGAGCCCUGACCUUUGCUUGUCUGUAUGAGAGUGGGGCCAGGGUCUCCUACGAGGAGAUCUCCUUCUGCAUGUUCUCCCUUGCUGAGGUCCUGCAGCAUGUGCCGGCGGGCCCCAAACCUCGCAGCCUCGGGGGUAAACCUCAGGAGCGCUGCCGGCCUUCCUGAUGGGUCCUCUCACCAGACCCAUUUGUAUGUCUCUAACACUGUGCUUUGAAAUAUGACGCAAAAGCAGACAGACCUAGAGGAGAAAAUAGAGCCAUAGUUGUAGUGGAAAAUUUUAGACCGAUAGAGCAAACGGACAAAGUCAGUGAGGAUACAAAAGAUAUGGUCAGGCUGGGGCGCCUGGGUGGCUCAGUGGGUUAAGCCGCUGCCUUCGGCUCAGGUCAUGAUC